UAAUUAAAUAAAGCUUUAUACUUUUAUGCUUAAAACUCAAAACGCGCCAAAUUGACUCAACUGUGCCAUUUUAAGUUGGUUCUUCUCCAUUACCUUUCCCAAAUAUUACCUUCCGGAGUACAUCAAAACACCAAAAAUGGCAGAACCAGUCAAUUUCCGUUCUGUUGUAGUAUUUACCAUCAAAUUCAUUUUCGAUGCAAGUUCCUUCCCAUAUUAUGAUCCACAACGUUUUCCAAAAUCCCUUUGCCGUCGAAUCAAUUAUCGAAUUAAAUCCGCCAACCAUUUAUUAGACCCACCAAAGUCAACGCCGUGCUCCACUUCCCUGUUGGACUUUUUCUCGAUUCCAAUUUAUCCGGAUUCUCCAAUAAUGUCUAAUCAUUGCACGAAAAUUCUGACUGGGUUUUUUGCAGAUGAUGAGAACCCAGCUAAAUUUCAACUGAUUUUAGCCAAAUUCUUAGCUAUCAUGCUUGGAUAUUGAUUUUUUUUUUUUUUUUUAUGGCGGAAUUCUGCUUGCUUCUCCUUCCCCUGCUUCUGAUAUUCAUUAGUCCCAUUUUCACAGGGGUAGCCAAUGCCGCGGCAGCAUUUACGUUAGUGAACAGAUGCCAGGAAACAAUUUGGCCGGCGAUUUAUACCAACGCCGGAACGGCGGAACUUUCAAGCACGGGUUUUGCUCUUCCGGCGGGAGCGUCGGAGACGAUUCCAGCGGCGGCUUCGUGGGGUGGCAGUAUCUGGGCUCGGACUCACUGUACUAAUGACUCCAACGGGGCCAAUUUCAGGUGCCUUACCGGUGAUUGUGGCACCGGCACGGCAGAAUGCUCGGGAAAAAACAGAACUCCGCCGGCCACGCUGGCUGAAUUCCAGGCCGACCCCACCGCCUCCUUCAAGGAUUUCUACGACGUCAGCCUUGUCGACGGGUUCAAUGUCCCAAUUCUUGUUGCCUCACUUGGCGGUGGAGGAAACUGUGGGACCACUGGUUGCCCAGCGGAUCUGAACGCCGAUUGCCCUUCGGAGCUGAAAAUGACCGGCGACGGCGGGGAGGUCUUAGGCUGUAGGAGCCCUUGUUCAGUUUUUGGGAAAGCUGAAUAUUGCUGCAACGGAAGUUACAGUAGCCCGGAUGCUUGCAAACCGAAUAAUUACUCAGAGAUCUUCAAGAAACAAUGCCCUCAGGCUUAUAGCUAUGCUUUCGAUGAUGCCGCAAGUACUUUCUCUUGCAUCGGUUCAGUCUACACCAUCACCUUCUGCCCUCCUCCUAACGCCAGCCAAGUUACAAGCAAUCUUCCUGGAGAUGCUAGAAAUGUAAUUAGGCCUGGUGAUAGGUUGAACUCCUCUUCGAAGCUAGUUUCUGAAGGUGGCAAUUUCACAUUAGGAUUCUUCACUGUGCCACAAACUAAUUUGAGUUAUUUAGGUAUAUGGUAUACAUCAGAUGAACAGAGAAAGGUAUGGGUUGCCAAUCCUGACUCUCCAAUAGCUGUGGUGGAUAGUCAAACUCAAUUGGCCAUGGACGAGACUGGAAAUCUCAUUCUCUCUAGUGGAAGAAAUUCUAUUAGGAAUGUUACUGAUCAAGUUGUGACCAACAAUAAUACAUUAGCUCUUUUACUAGAUUCAGGAAAUUUCAUUCUUAUGGAUUCAGGAUCCAGGAACCGAACUAUAUGGCAGAGCUUCGAUCAUCCUACUGAUACACUUCUCCCUGGGUCUUUUACAUUGAGCUUGGAAAGGGCUCAGGAUUCAGGACAGUUGGUUAUUCGUAGGCGGGGUGUGAUUUACUGGACCAGUGGCCCUUGGAACAAUCAAGGUUUCCCGUCACUACCUCUGCUAAAUGCCUCUUUUAAUCGAUUUAUCGACAAAGUUAAUCUAACAUCCGCUGAUGAUGGCGUUUACUUCACUUUUGAAACACUCGGUUCAAGUUUAUCAAUGCUAGCUUUGUCUCCGGAGGGUCAAAUUGUCGAUGUUGCAAAUAGUGGACUUAUUGUUAGUCCUUAUCAGGAAUUUUGUUAUGGGUAUGAGGGAGAUAAUGGCUGUGCGAGUUCAGCAUUGCCUAGUUGUCGAAGCAGUAGGAAUACCUUUCAGAGUAAGAGCGGGAGUUUUUUUGGAGAUAAUGGUAAUUAUGAUGAAAAUUCAAACGUUAGCCUUAGCGACUGUAUGGAGAAGUGCUGGAAUGAUUGCAAUUGCAAUGGUUUUACAGUUAGUAGCAAUGGUACUGGUUGUAUAACUUGGACACAAAAGAAGGAGUUUCGCUUAGAUGAGUCUGGUCAAACUGUGAAAAAAUAUGUUUUGGCUGCAGAAAAAUCACCAAAAGGUAAGUGUUUCUAUAACGAAUUCUGAUUUGUUGACAACUUGGGUUUCUUCAAAAUUUUUUAAAAAUUAUAGUUAAAUGUGUACAUUUUAAUUGGUACCUGCAUUGUUGCUUGGAUAGGAAGAACAUGGAUAUGGGUAGUUGUCGCGGUAUCAGCUGUCAUUCUGUCACUACUGCUUGGUUUCAUAUGCUAUAUGAUGGUUAAAAAGCGUAAAGUAGUAGGUAAUCAUCAUACUCUACAUCUCUUGAGUACUUGCUGUUAAAUGUCUCUAAAAGUCAUGCAUACUUUUGGAACUGUAGAAGCAAAAAAGAGAUUGCGUGAUGAAUACAUACAUCAAUUGACAGCAUCUCAGAGCUUUGAAGACGUUGACGAAAUGCAC